AUUUAUUUCUUUCUCCGUUGCCAGCGAACGAGGAGGAGAAGCAGGGGAGGUUGAUCGAAUUGCCUCACAUCUGCAGCCAAACGAAUUGAGAAAUCCUUCGAUCCGGUUGGUAUUUAAUCCGGUGUGAUCUUGUGGAAGCGGUUUUUGGUGUUUUCUACGUCGUUCUCAGUUAUCCGGGCACUUAAUUCAGCGGCAGAAAAAUAUGCAGAGCCGGUCCAGAAUUUCGGGGAUGCUUUCCCAUAGCUUCAAACCGCAGAAAUGCAAGACGUCUCUGAAGCUAGCGGUGUCACGGAUAAAGCUGCUAAAGAACAAGAGGGAGGAGAUGGUGAAGCUCAUGCGACGGAAUUUGGCUCAGCUCCUGGAGAGUGGACAGGAACAAACCGCUCGGCUACGGGUUGAACAUGUUAUCAGGGAAGAAAAGACUACGUCAGCAUAUGAACUCAUUGAGAUAUAUUGUGAAAUCAUUGAUUCACGUUUGCCUAUAAUAGAGUCACAGAAGAAUUGCCCCAUUGAUCUGAAGGAAGCAGUAUCAAGUGUAAUAUAUGCAUCCCCGAGAUGUGCCGAUAUCCCAGAACUUAUGGAUAUUAGCAAACAUUUCACAGCAAAGUAUGGUAAAGAUUUUGUUAAGGCUGCUCUUGAAAUUCGACCAGAUUGUGGAGUUAGUCGUAUGAUGGUCGAGAAACUAUCAGCAAAUGCACCUGAUAUUCAGACAAAGAUUAAAGUCCUGAAUGAAAUUGCUAAAGAACAUGGAAUUAAAUGGGAACCCAAAGCAUUUGAAGAGCAAGCUCAGAAACCUAAGGAUGACCUCCUGAGUGGUCCAUCCUCUUUCAGUACUAUGGAUAAAACAGAAAUUAAAUCGUCUGAUACAAAAGCCUCUUUUGCUGGAAGCCAGAGCAAUGAAUCAAUUCCCAAGGUUUAUCAGAAUAAUAUGGCAACCCAACCACAAGCGGUCAAAUCAACCCUUGCCAAGGAAGAGAGUGUUUCCUUCCAUAGCUCAUGGAACAUGGAAUUUAAGGAUGCAACUUCUGCUGCUGAGGCAGCUGCCCAAUCUGCUGAAAGGGCUAGCAUGGCAGCUAGAGCUGCUGCUGAGUUAGCAAGCCGCGGGAAUGUUUCUAGACCAUCUUCUGGUGGAUCAUAUGAACAAUCUGCAUAUGUUGUCAAAAAUGAAGGACCUCAGUCAAUGAAAAACUCUUAUGUGGGGAGCAAUGACACUUCACAUUUAAAAGCAUCUGAGGAUACUAGCCCGGAGGAUUCUCAUUUUGUGAACCAAAAGGAACCAGAUCUGCAGAAGGAUGACUUGGUACGAACAAACAAAUUAGCUAAAGAUCAAACCUUCAAUAAUAAUCCUACCUCUAGGGAAAAUCUGACAUCAGAGAAGACUCGGUUAGCUGGCUUGCCGGUUGUUAAUGCUACAUCUGGGAAAAAUCUCCAUGAAGAUAAUGCCAGACCAUAUCAUUAUGUUCAGGAAAGCAUUUCAGAUCUAGGACCUGCAUCCAAGAUCGAUAAUGUUGAUACUGAUCAUGAUGUUGCUGUUGUUGAUGAUGACAGCAGUCUGAACUAUGAACAUAGACCUAGCAUGUUUCCUUCAUUUCAUUCUGAUACUCUUGAUGAAUAUAAAACUGUGGACUAUCAUGAGGAUAAAACUGAAGCUGAUUCUUCAGCUGGGCAUUAUGAUGACUACAACAGUGAUAAUGAUGAUCACUGGAGGCACAGAGAGAGCAACUUGUUAGAUUCAUUUUUGCCACAACAAAGUAAUGGACCUUCUAAUCUCUUGUCAAACGUGGAUUCUUGGAGCCAGAAGGAGAGUGUUUCUGGGUUUAUGAAUAAUGAAAUCAACUCACAAUCACACCAAACAGAUUAUUCAGAUAAGACAAAGCAGGCUGACCUACACUCGGAUUCUGAUGACAAUCUGCCACCAAAGUAUAACGUGCCAAAAUAUGACUCUGAUCAAUCAAGUUCUGAGAGUGAAGAUGAGAUGGAGAAUCCUAAUUUUAUAGGGCAUGGGAGAUCAAGCAAUUUCGUAGACACUGACAGCAGCUCCAGUAAAGUUUCACUGGCAGCACGACCUAGUCAUGGAGCGCAUCUCAUGGAUGAUACUAUUGCACUUGAUUCUAGUAACCAAAGAGUAACUGUCUUCCAUGAUGAGGAAAACCUUGAAUUGGAAAGAGACUCUAAUGAUAAGAGUCGGAGAUCUGACCUUAAUGUACGUAAUAGCCACCAAUUUCGAAGUAUUGGAAAAUCUCACUCUAAUGAUGCAGGGGGAGGAUCUACAGAAGAAGAAUCAGUAAAUACUUUGGUCUCAGAUGAAGGAUAUGAAAGUGGGAUCCUGAACUUCGGUAGAUUAUCUGGUGGAUUCCGGAAUAAAGGUAACACUCGUCCACCUUAUGUAAGAAACAUCAGUGCUGAUGUAUCAUCCAGGGCGACAAUGAAUUCAGAAGAUAUAUCUCUCAAUGAUGAUGAAAUUACAAUCAGUACAUCUGAAUUUUCAACGAGUAUUGAAGCCACAAGUGAAGGGAAAACAAGUGGACAUUUGCAUACGAAUACUUCCGGGACAAAGUUUAGAGCUUCCCUAGCCAAUGUGGACACUAGUCUUGAUAGUGAAGAGCAGUUUGCAAAUAGAUCAUCAGAUGAUUCUUCAGCAACAGGAAGAUCAAUUUAUUCUCAGUAUAGAAGAAGUUCUGAAGAUUUGGUCCAUCCAGUUCAAGAAUCACAUCUCCAGCAACAAGAAAGAAAGGAGUACAAGGAAUCUAAUUCAAGAUCAUCAUUGACAAACUACAUAGACAGGGAGGAAGAGCAAACUUAUUCUGCCAGGGUUAGACAGUCAAGAGAUAGUAUUUCGACCUCUGGAAGCCAGAAGUCGAACAUUUCUCCUUCCACACAGAAAUCAACUGACUCUGAGAUUACAAAUCAGAGGCUUAACAGUCAGAUACUACAUGCGAGGGCAUCUUAUGGCUCGAAAUCCAGAGUGCCAAUCAAUGAUUCCAAUUUUGGCAACCAAGAGGCAGAGGAGCUGGAGCUGCAAACUGCAUCCAUGAGUGGCAACAAUAAGAGUGCUAAGCUUUCUCGAAGAACAAGACCCAUACCAUCAGUUGCUAAAGAAGAUAAAGUCCCAAACAUCUCAGAACCAGUAAAGGAAUCAAAGACCUCGCUACUGAAUUCUGAAGGUGAAUCUUCUUCUGCCAAAAUAAAACACUCCAAAGGUUUACAGGACAGGGAUAGUUCCAAGCCUCGACAAUCACAAUCAUCAGCCGAAGAACCAUCAAUGAAACAUUCACAAACUGAACCAUCUGUUGUUAGCGGUCAUUCCAAGCUACCUCAAGAUGAGUCAAGGCGGCCUUCCGUUAAAGAAAAUGAGAAAUCUACUAUGCCAAGUUCAGAUGGGAAAUCAAUUUCACGUGAAAUCUCUUCUAAAAAUUUGUCCCAUGUUCAUCCAAGGCUUCCUGAUUAUGAUUCCAUUGCUGCUCACUUUCAGUCACUCAGAGCAAAUGUGCAUAAGUAGGUGAUAUUGAGUCUUCGUGUUCUUUUUUUUGGAGAGAAUUUUUUUUAUUAUAACAAAAGUUAAUUAUGUUCAUUCUAGAGAUCAGGCAGGAUCCUUUUGAUCCAUAUUUUACAGAUCAGAAGAUGGAUCAUAAAGAUUGAUUGAUUUUGAUAGACCCUAUCUAUUUAAUAGAUGGGAUCCAUCUAAAUCAACUAAUAAAUAUAAUGAUCCAUCUUUUAUACUGUAAAAUAAGAUCUAGCAAAUCCCUCUCCCUAAUCUCCUCUCCCUAGAAACGGCCCUGAGAGUCCGUUCUAGGUGUGUUGAAAUUAGCAAUGUAAACUUUCUCAAUAGCUACCAUUUGUCGAUUUGCUACAAGAAGAUGUAGUGCUGUUUUUGCACGCGGACCACUGGACCUCACUUGUAGGAA